AUGGCGAUGAUUUCUACUGGUGACGGUGAUGAUCUUCUUGACUUCAGCAACAGGUUGGAGACAGAGGAUCAAGAAAUGUCCAUGGAUCGUGCACCGGAUUUGGAUAAUCUUCAAGAUGGGGAAAUCAUCGAAAGAUACAGAUUUGACCGGAAUGGAAUAGACUUCUUGGUUGCCUUAUUAGGACAGUCGAUACAGCCCAAAGCGCUAAGAAAUAAGGCUUUGAGCACAAAGCAGAAAGUUCUCAUAACUUUAAGAUACCUGGCAACAGGCCCAAUUCAGCUUAAUGAUGCUGACAUACAUGGGGUGAGUCAGCCAACCGUGUCAAGGGUUUUAUCCCAAGUAAUUGCAGCCCUUUCUUCGCCGGAAUUGAUAAGGCGUUAUAUCAGAUUGCCACGCCGAAUUGAAGAAUGCAGGCGGAAUGCUGAGCAUAUCAGAGGCAUUGCGCGAUUCCCUUCUGUCAUUGGGGCCAUAGAUGGGACUCAUAUUAAUAUCGUGGCACCUCAUGUUCAAGAGGAAAUAUAUGUGAACAGGAAGGGACAGCAUAGUGUUAAUGUCCAAGUUGUGUUUGAUGGUUCAUACAACAUCAUGGAUGUUGUUUGCCGCUGGCCCGGCUCAGUUCAUGACAGCCGCAUUUUGAGAGAAAGUGGCUUGUUUCACCUGUUUGAGAAUGGCCACAUGCCCCAAGGGUUCCACCUACUAGGUGACAGCGGAUACCCUGCCAAGUGGUGA